AUUGCAAAAAAAUAAAUUAAAAAAAUGAUGAAAUGUUGUCGUUUCUGACAAAAGCAACACCCGUUGCACAUGGUGUCCUUUUUCCGUUCCCUCUCUUCCCCGACCAUACACGACAACAUAAUAAUACUCAGAAAAACCAACAAAAAAAUCAACCUUUGUUUUCUCAAACUUCAUCAUCAUCAUCAUGAUCCUUCUUGUUCCCUCCUGAAACCUUAAAAUCAAACUCCAAAGCAAAUUCCAAACCAAAUUCCAAACCUAUUAUCUCUCAUGGCUCACCGUCAACUUAUGGACUCACUCACUUCUCACAUCUCCCUUUACCAUUCCCAAUCCCCAAACCCUAACCCUAACCCUAACCCUAACCCUAGAUCCUCCAUUCUCAAAUGGUUCUCUUCUCUCUCAAUUCACCAUCGUCUCUCUCAUCUCACAAUCCUCGAUUCCAAUUUCGUCCAAAUCCUCCUUCAAAUGCUGUCUAAGCUCCAAUCCAACAAUAACCACGGUUGUUUCAUCCUCCUCCCCGAUCUUCCCUCUCGCGAUCCGCCGUUCUUACCGACUCUCUGCUUCAAGAAAUCACAUGGUCUCAUUGCUCGAAUUGCGGAUUCGGACACUGCUGGAAAAUUUAUCUUUGAUUCGGUUCGGGUUUUUGCUUCCCGGGAAGGGGAGGAUGCCGCGAAAUGUUCGUGUGAUGCUAGGUGUCUUGACACGGUGACAUUUUGUGAAGGGAUUGUGGAGGAUGUGGAUAGAUUUGUGGAGGUGAUGGAUAAGAUUUCUGGUGGUGGGUUUCUUAGAGGGGAAGAAAAUGAGAUUGGUGAGGAUUGGGUUGAAUUGAAUUGGUUGAAAUCGAAAGGGUAUUAUGGGAUUGAGGCUUUUAUUGCGAAUAGGGUUGAGGUUUCGAUUAGGUUGGCUUGGUUGAAUAGUUGUGGUGGGAAGAAAAGAGGUGUGAAAUUGAAGGAGAAGUUGAAUGUAGCUGGUGUUGCUGCUAAUGUGUAUUGGAGGAAGAAGGGUUGUGUUGAUUGGUGGGGGAAUUUGGAUUCGGUUACAAGGAAGAAGGUGUUCAACACGAUUAUCAUGAAAUCGGCUAAAUCUUUGACGUACGAGGUUUUGAAAGUGGCAAGCAGUGCUUCCGAAGAUGAGGUUUGGCUAUACAGUAGGGGAGUGGGAGUUGAUAAACUACUUGACUAUAAUUGUACUGGAUCUGCUCAAAGGACCACCCGAGCAUUUUGCGAUGAUACAGAGUUUGGCAGAAUUAUUACACCUGUUGUUUGUAAAAAGCCUGCAGCUUUAGCUAGAGCCUUUAAUUCCCUAUCCGUGCUUCAUGACAUUAACAUAAUGUUGACAUCAAGUAUUAAUAGUGAAUAUGAUAUAGGAACUCUUUUCUUUAGUUCGUUGGUUUCUGUCUCUACAAUAUCUGAUUGUAUAUUAAGAAAAUUGAGAGGUUUUCUGAUGGUUAUUUCACUUGACUGCACAAAACAUGAGCUACUAGAGGAGGAACAUGACAAAUCCUCAUCGGGUAAACCUAAGGAAAAACUUGGUCCUUCUAACCGUAAAAAGAAGGGACGGACCCGCAAUAAUAAAAGGCAAAAUCCUGCCCCAAAGACACCUGUGAGCGGUAUUUCAUGCGAAAAUCUUCAUAAGGACAUUGAUUGUGUAUUGGAAGAUAAAAAGAAGACUGAUUUAACAAAACCCAGGGAACUUCCUCAAGUUCCUCUGGGAAAAAACAAUAUUUCUAUGGGGAGCUCCUCACCACCUGUAAAAAUUGUAGAUUAUACUCGAGAAUCGAAUGUUGGCAAACCUCGAACCACUCCAAGAAAAAGUAGAAAAGAGAAAAAUAAAAAUAAAAAUAAAAGCAUCCUUGUUGACGGUACAGUUGUAGAUUCUCACAAGUCAGUUACGCAUGCUGCCUCUACCACUGUUAUUUCUAAUGGUGAGGUGGAAAUAUGCGAUAGGUCUUUUGAUAGUUCUACCAUUCAGAAUGUCAAAUGCAAAGAUUCUAUUGGUAAUGACAUCCUUGUCUCAAAUUCAAGCCCUUGUUCUCUUAAUGGACCUGCUAAGGAGAACAACUCUACCGGGAAAGUUGAAGGAAAGAACAUUGAUGAUCUUCCUGAUAGUUGCAAUAGUUCAGGUCCUCAGUUUUGUUUAUUGCCAAAUGAAAGGAAAAUGUUGCCUUGUGAAUUAGAUACUCGUGUUGUAGAAUGUAAAGCUAUAACACAACCUGUUCCUGCAUUGAAGCACAAUAAUUUCUCCAGCAAUGAAGAUACAUGUUCUUUGAACACAACAGGUGCUGCCAAAGCUGAUGUGAAGCCAACUAUUUAUGACAAACCAAUUAGAGAGGCUAAUGUAAAAGAAUUUGGCAUGUUGAAGGAGAGAGAUAGAUGUCUAUUUGAAAGUAGAAAUUCUGCUUUCUCAAAAUGCAGUCCGUAUGAAUGGCCUGGUAUACCUUCUAUCUAUUUUCCAUCUUUUAACUCGCAUCUCCCUCCUGCAACAGAUAGAUUGCAUCUGGAUGUUGGACGCAAUUGGCAUAAUCACUUCUGCCACCCAUUUGUCCCCACAUUACCGCAAGCAAGAAAUACACCAAUUGAAGGUAGAUGUAACCAAAUUAUGUCUCGUCAAAUUCCUAUGAGUUUUGACUGGCCCCCAGUUUUUCGUGGUGGCGUGACCCCAUCACCAAAUUGUAAAUAUGACUCCGGGUUUAUGUCUAGGAGACAAUGUAAAUUUUCAAAAGGGUUGGCUGUUCAUAGCAUGCAUCUUGAUGUAACAACUUCUGAUGAUGAAAGGAAGUACUCUGGGGAUACAUUGGAUUUACCUGACCUGAUAAAUACACAGUUCACAGAUGAAUAUGACAACCUCUAUGUAUCAGAGGAAGAGUAUGAUUUCCAUGCUGUUUCUGGUAUAGAUUAUAAUCAAUAUUUUGGUGGCGGUGUAAUGUACUGGAACCCUUCCGAACAUUCAGGAAAAGGUUUUUCUCGGCCUCCCUCUCUCAGCUCUGAUGACAGUUUAUGGGCUUUGCGUGAAGCUGACAUGAAUCAGACAGUGGAUGAUAUGGUUGCUUUCUCUUCUUCGUAUAGUACAAAUGGUUUAGCAUCACCAACUACUGCGACAUUUUGCUCUCCCUUUGAUCCUGUAGGGACUGGGCCCCCGACUGUUGGUUAUGUAAUGUCUGGUAAUGAUGUACCUGGGAAAGUGAUGCAUUCUUCGUCAGUUACUGAUGCUGCAGUGGAUGAUGAUACUUCUGGUUCUUUAGGUAAUAACUUACCUGGAGAAAUUGAAGGGAAGGCUGGUGAUUCGCAUCCAUAUCCCAUUCUACGGCCAAUAAUUAUUCCUAACUUGUCAAGGGAAAGGUCUAUAUGUGUUGAUCAUAAAAGCCCUUGUGUUCCUCCUACCAGGCGGGAGCAGCCUCGCAUAAAGCGGCCACCAUCACCUGUGGUGCUUUGUGUACCACGUGCACCACGUCCUCCCCCACCCUCCCCUGUGAGUGACUCUAGGAAACAAAGGGGUUUUCCGACUGUUAGGUCUGGUAGUUCCAGCCCAAGACACUGGGGAAUGAGAGGUUGGUAUCAUGAUGGAAGUAAUUUAGAGGAUACUUGUUUGAGAAUGGAUGGUGCUGAAGUUGUGUGGCCUUCUUGGAGAAGUAAAAACCUUGCAGUGCAACCUCUGAUCCAACCUUUACCUGCUGCCUUGCUGCAGGACCGCCUGAUUGCAAUGUCACAGAUAGCACGCGACCAGGAACAUCCGGAUGUCACCUUACCUCUGCAACCUCCCGAGUUACGAAGCUCUUCUGCAACGAGUGCAUCUUUAUCUUCAAUGCAUGGAAUGCUCCAUGACGAGAUUGACUCUUUCUGUAAACAGGUUGCGGCCGAAAACAUGGCAAGGAGGCCUUACAUUAAUUGGGCUUUCAAGAGAGUUACCCGAUCUCUGCAGGUUUUAUGGCCCAGAUCCAGGACAAAUAUAUUUGGUUCCAAUGCCACUGGUAUGGCUCUUCCAACAAGUGAUGUUGACCUUGUGGUUUCUCUCCCUCCAGUGAGGAAUCUGGAACCCAUUAAAGAAGCUGGAAUAUUGGAAGGUCGUAAUGGUAUUAAAGAAACAUGUCUUCAGCAUGCAGCUAGGUAUCUUGCCAAUCAGGAAUGGGUAAAAAAUGAUUCUCUGAAGACAGUGGAAAAUACUGCUAUACCUAUUAUUAUGCUCGUGGUGGAAGUACCCGAGGAUGUUAUCACUUCAUCAGCUCCUACGUUACAUUCAUUAAAAGAAAAGUCACAUUGUACAACUGGUGAACAUGGUAAUGACAAUCAUUCUGAUAUGAUCCAGCUAGAAGAUUCAGCUUUGCUGAAAAGCUCUCAAACUAAUAUUUAUGCUUUGAAAGAUUCCAAAUCAGUUCGGGUUGACAUCAGCUUUAAGUCCCCAUCACAUACAGGACUCCAAACUACAGGAAUGGUUAAGGAGUUAACAGAACAAUUUCCUGCUGCAACUCCUCUUGCUUUGGUGCUAAAACAGUUUUUGGCAGAUCGGAGCCUUGACCAGUCCUACUCCGGUGGCUUAAGUUCCUACUGUUUGGUAUUAUUAAUUAUACGUUUUCUUCAGCAUGAGCACCAUCUUGGCCGGCCAAUCAACCAAGUUAUAAAUUUAAUGAACCAAGUAAAAAGGAACAAGAAUCGAGAUUUUGCUGUUUUUUUAAUCAAUGACGAGUUGGCUGAAAAUGACCUUAGCUGGGUUUUGGAGUGUAGUUCUUACUUUCUCGGUUCAUUUUUAUUUUUAGAUAAACUACUGCCCCUAAAUGAAUUCUCUUCCAUUUUCUUGCAGAAUUAUGGAAGUCUUCUGGUGGAUUUUCUUUACUUUUUUGGGAAUGUGUUUGAUCCUCGUCAAAUGCGGAUAUCGGUGCAGGGAAGUGGACUUUAUAUAAAGAGAGAAAGAGGUUGUAGCAUUGAUCCAAUUCACAUCGAUGAUCCUCUUUUUCCAACUAAUAAUGUGGGAAGGAAUUGCUUCCGAAUACAUCAAUGUAUUAAGGCAUUUUCAGAAGCUUAUUCUGUUCUUGAAAAUGAACUCACAUUCCUAAAUGGUGAUGGUGAGUCGUGCUCAAGGCCAUCUUACAGACUACUUCCAAAAAUUAUCCCAAGUCUUGAUGUAUCAUAAAGAUUCUUGGUAGAUGAAGAAUGAAAAGUUAUUUUGUCUGAAGAAAGGUUCUUGAGUUUAUGCGAAGUUAUGAAUGUCAAAAUGUUGGUCUGUUACUCUAGUGAUGCAGAGUACAUGGAAUGAUGGAAACUAAAUCACUAGUUGAAGGCUUGCAUUCCAAGUGGUUGGUCAGAAAUUGAACAAUUCAAGUGGUUGGUCUGUUACUCUUGGUGGUUUAAACUAAUUACUUUCUGGUAUGGUGGAUCAUCUUGGAGGUUUAAACUAAUUACUGCUCGAUCACCGGUUCUAUUCCCUCUGCCGGAUUUGAAGAGCGGCAGGUGGAAGGAAAUCUUCUGAUAUGCAUCUAAGCACUGCCACUCAUGAAAUCCUUCCUUAAAAAAGUUGGCCGACAAGGGCAAAGUAUCAAGCCACACUUAUGUUUGGAUGGACGGUGAGUUUAGUAAAAUCACAGUGACACCGUGAUUUUUUUGAAGCUCCACAGUGUAGCUUUUGUCAAAAUUGCAGUGGCUCACCUUGAUUCUGCCAAUCCAAACAUGCGCCAAGUACUCUCCAUCGAGCAGCCCAGGUUACUCGAUGUGGGACAUAGACACCCCCUACUCAAAUUUCUAUCAUGGCACACCUCUGAGAGCCGCCGACAUUUUGUGGCUGCAUUCUACAACGCUUAACUCGACCUUUUUCAAGUCAUCUCCUCUGUAGAUAGCCCUUUUUUAAACACCAGUAAUCAGCUCUGAUACCGUAUGUUAAACAUCCAAGUGCUUGGGAUUCCUACCCUUAAAAGCUAGCUAGCUAAUUGUCACUGGAAAGAAUCAAACCACUUAAGUAAUACUCUAUCAAGUGCCCUGUACUACACAAUGUUGGACUUACGCACCCCAUAAUAUUCAAGUCCCAACCAUCUUUUUCUCUAGAUAUUUUAUCUUCCAAUUUGUAAUUAUUUUCACAAUAAGCACUUUUUGGAUACAUAAGAAACAAAACUGUUGUUAUUGCUAAUGCUUACAAAUUCACUGAUAUUAAGAUUGUCAGCAUCUUUCAACUGAUUGGAGAAAUGAUCUUAUUGUUGUCUGAAACUUAGUUAUGAAAAUGGUAUCAUCAUGUUUCUUUCCUGUUGACAUUUGAAAUUUAGAGGCUGAGCUUUGGUGCAAUUGAGAUGUCAUUGCAAAUAAGGGGAUUGCAGGUUCUAUGUGAUCCUCUCGAAACUUCAAAUGGGGGUAAGUUUUUUGCUCUGGAUCUCCCUUUCUUGUAUUUGACACUUGCUGAAAAUGCUAUGUAUGAAAUAUCCACUUAAUAGAUAGUGAAUUAAUAAAAAUAAGAGAAAAUAAAUAUAUAUCUCCUAUUGAGGUUGUUAUUGAUUUGUGUUUCCUUUUUAUUUGUAGUUAAUAUAUAUUACUAAGGACUACAAAAGAAACCUUCAUUUUACAUGAUUUUGUGAAAUAAAUGCUGAAAACAUAAAAUACAAUGAAAAAUAGUUCUGUGUUUUAAUUAUUUAAUUUUAAUGCACUUUUGGUCCCUUAUUUUUUUUCAUUCACAAUUUUGGUUCGGUAAUUUUUCAAAUUAUGUUAUUUUGGUCUCUCUUGCAAUUUGACAUAUGGAAAGGCAAAUAUGGCCGAUGAGUGGUGGUUGAGACUGGCAUGAUGCCAUAAUAGAGGACUGUUAGUGCAGAAAUAGAAAAAACAGGGCAAGAGAAUAAGUUGGUGCUGAAACAGGGUAAUGGAAGAAAUGAAGGGAAACAAGAACGAGCGAAGAAGUGACAAGAGAGAACAAGGAAUGAGCGUAGAGAAGAGGGGAAAGGGAGAAAUAAAAUCAGUCUCAAGUAAAAAAAUGAAAAUAACCUAAACUGUUAAUGAAUGAGGGCAAUUUCAACAUUUUGCAUAAAAAAUGCAUCAUCUCUGCAAUUGCUACUGCUGCAACGCUAGAAUGUGAUGCAAUGCUGUAUGCGCCACCGCGAUUGAUUAGAGGUUUACCACUGCCUUGCUUCAAGACAAAUUCUGGUUGAAACGUGAAAGAAAAUUAAGGACAAAGUUGGAUGGAGUUGAUACCUUGAGGAAUUAUGGCAUGAUAAAAUGUCUCAAUUUGCACCAUAUAUUUGGUUUAAUGUUCAUAACUAGAUGAUGUUAAAGGAUGAAUUUUAAUCUCAAAACGUCAAGUACUGUUGUAGAUGUGAUUCAAAGUGCCAUGUUUCCUAGAUUAGUAGAAGUAUCUUUGUUAUCCAUUGCACGAUUAGUUGCUUAUAUUUGAGUGAGUAGUUGACAAGAGGAUUUAAUGUUAA